AAUUAUGUGUUAUUUUUUCAAUUAACUUUUUUCAUUCAUCAUCACCACUAUAUAAACAUUGGAAUUGGAAAAGGCUUUCCGCCAUUAAAAAUCAACAUCACAUAGCAAGCAUUCUCCACUCUCCGCUUCAUCUUCAAUUUUGAUGAACAUGGACGAUUCUUCAACUUGCCCUUUCUGUUCUUUAUCACUUCCAUCCUCUCAACUCCAAUGGCAUGCCAAUACCCACUUCGAAGAUAACGAUUUUCAUUCUCCUCCGGUUGAAAGAGCAUUUAGUGACUCACAUUUUGAUACAACUUUUGGAGAUUUUAACAGUUGGUGUGGUGGCGGUAGUAGUGGGAUUGGUAGAGAUAAUGGGGUGUGGAAUAUGGAGGAGAAGAUCUCUUGCUUGGUUGAUUUGCAGAUAAAGGGUGAGUUUCACAAUGUUAAUGGUGGUUUGAUGAACUUGUUGAGGAACUGUUUGGAGUCUGAAGGUCAAAACUCGAGAAGCAUUUUGUCACGUUAUGUUGAUCAUUUCCAAAGCAUUAGGUUCGAGGAUGGUGGAUUUGGUUGCGGUUGGCGUAACAUUCAAAUGCUUAGCUCACACUUAUUGGCACAAAAGCGAGAAGCAAAAGAUGUAUUGUUUGGUGGUUCAGGAUUUGUUCCUGAUAUUCCGUCACUCCAAAGAUGGCUUGAGAUUGCUUGGGAAAGAGGUUUUGAUGAACCUGGCUCUAAUCAAUUCAAUCAUACUAUCUAUGGCUCUAAAAAAUGGAUAGGAGCUACCGAUUGUGCUGCACUUUUACGUUCUUUUGGUCUCCGGACAAGGAUAAUGGACUUUGGUCCUAAGGAAUCUGAAUCUCUCUAUCUAUCUGUCCCUGGUUCAAGUGUUGGUGGAGAGGAGCUAGUGAGAAUUGGUGAUGGAAGGAAGAGGAAAACACCAAAUUUUUAUGGACCAAUGGAUAGAUAUAUGUCUCGUGGAGGUGGUGUUUCACAAACAAAUUGUAGCAAGAAUGCAAAACCUAGUUCUGCUCUUAAUGAUGCCACUAGGGAUAAAGAAAGUGCUGGUGAAUGUGCGGUGAAAAGUGCUGCAGAACAAAGUAAAUCUCAUCAGGUUCUUAUGGACUUCGUGUGGAAUUAUUUUUCUAAUAAAAACACAAUUCAGUUUGGUUAUAGGCGUGUUGUCUUCAGCGAGAAAACGCCCUUGUACUUCCAACAUGAUGGACACUCAAGAACAAUAGUUGGAAUCCAAGUCAAUCAUCAACGAAAUGGAAUUCAGCAUUAUAAUCUCCUAGUUCUUGAUCCUGGUCAUAGAACGGCUGAAAUAGAAAAAUCACUGAGGGAGAAAGUUGGAUGGCAGAGAUUCAUAAAAAGAGGAGUACACACACUGAGGAAGAAACAAUAUCAGUUGUGUUAUGUUGAUCCUGGAAUUGCCAACGAGGAGGAGAUGGAAAAACUCAAGACAUUGGAUAGCGUCUUCAUUGAACUUUAGACAACCUUAUAAAGGUCUUUGCUAUAUCAAGAUGCUGGAGCUGUCUAAAACUAUAUACAUUAUAAGGUUUAUAUGAAGCUUAGUUAUGUGUCAUCACUGAAUCAAACAAACUACACGUUCGGUAUUAAGUUUUUAUAUUGGUCGUAACUCAUCCUUACAAGUCAAUUUUGUAGGUAUGAGUUAGGCCCAACCCAAAUUCUAAGAUUCAGUAGCAUCAAGGGGGUAAUCAUCGGAUCCAAAUCAGUAUACAUACUUCAUACUACUUGUAUGAGACGGAAGGAAUCCGCUAAUUGCACAACUAACAGGUGUUAUACCAUGUUUAUGAUAUAUGAUGUUCUUAUGGGAUGGCAAAACUACUAGGACUUAAUGGACAAAAUAAGAAUGGUGGUUUAUGGUUCUUCCUUUUCUGUAAA